AUGGAUAAGGAUAUGGCUCCCAUUUCAGCGUCAAAUAAGACUUUGGUCACCCUGGAUCUGUUUCCGUAUGACAAGCCACAUGAUGAUUCCGAAGAUGCGUCAGACAAUAAGCAAACCGAAGAAGACAUAAACCUGGCGCCACAAUGUCUCAACAAAUCUAACUCUCUACACCGAUCCAUGGACCAUCAAGAAGGAAUUGACCAGAAGCAGGUAGUCGAAGAAGGCCCUGGAUUAGCAGUCAACGUGUAUGAUGAAGACACUGAUACUAUGCACAAGCUGGUUCUUAAGAAAUGGCCCAAGUGUCUAAGCUAUAUUCUCGGCAGUGCAUGGCGUAGGGAAUUCGUCGUGAGAAGAGAUUUGAAGAUAGGCGAUGUGGUUGGAAUAUAUUGGGAUCCUUAUGAGUCGAAGCUUCACUUUUGUGUGCUUUCUCGUUCACCCAUAAAAGAGGUAGUCGAAGAAGGCCCUGGAUUAGCAGUCAACGUGUAUGAUGAAGACACUGAUACUAUGCACAAGCUGGUUCUUAAGAAAUGGCCCAAGUGUCUAAGCUAUAUUCUUGGCAGUGCAUGGCGUAGGGAAUUCGUCGUGAGAAGAGAUUUGAAGAUAGGCGAUGUGGUUGGAAUAUAUUGGGAUCCUUAUGAGUCGAAGCUUCACUUUUCUGUGCUUUCUCGUUCACCCAUACAAGAGUUAAUCUGA